AUGGGUGCCACCUCCCUCCCUCCCCCGCCCCAGGAGAACGACCAGAAGCGGAUCCGCGCCCUGAAGAAAGCCAGCAAGGAGCGGGAACUGAAGAGGCAGCGCGUGCAAGAGCUGGCCAAGGCCAAGCAGGAGAUGGUGGCCUUGCGGCUGGAGCACCAGAAGCUGAGCAUGAAGCUGCAGGACUACUCCAUCUUCAACAAGUACCUGGAGAAGGUGGUGGAGAACUCAGAGUUCGAGGAGAUCCACGAGGUGAUUGCGCGCUACAGGACCCUGGUGAGCAUGCACCAGGACCUGAUGCAGUCGGCGCAGGAGGGCCAGGAGAAGAUCGAGCGCGCCAAGGCGCGGCUGGCGCGCUACAUGGAGGAGAAGGACGACGAGAUCCUGCAGCACAACAACGAGCUGGCGCGGCUGCAGAUGCGCUUCGACCGCGCCCGCAGCGAUGUCAUCAUCUGGGAAUCUCGCUGGGCACACAUCCAGAACACUGCCGCCAAGAAGACCCUCUUGCUUGGCACCAUUAAGAUGGCGACACUGAACCUCUUCCAGAUCGUGAGCAAGCAGCUGAAGGAGACCACCACCGUGUCCCUGGAGGACACGCACAAACAGUUGGACAUGAUCCAGCAGUUUAUCCAGGAUCUGUCGGACAUCUGGGCAGAGGUGAGGAAGAAAGAACAACAGCAAGUCCGGGUUUAGGGAGCAGCCGCAGUUCCAGAAUGUUCUGAGACAGAGACAGAGAGAAGAUGGGUUCAUGGUGAGCUUGCGGUCCUGUCAGCCCAGUCCAGCUGUCUGGGGACCCCUGUGCCUUUCUGCUGGCGAACACCCUGCCAUUUUCCCACCUCAGGCCUCAGUCCCUCCCGUCCCUGAAAACAUUAAAUUCUGUAAGAUGUUUGUUUCU